AAGAAUAGAUUGUGCGUUCAUUGUACUAUUGAGCAACAUGUUUCGAUUUAUUUUGAAGAAUCUUCGAAAAUCGAUCAAAAAUCGAAGAAAUUUUUCGGGCAGCUGUGAAAGUAAAUCCACAAAGAAAAUUGAAAAUUUUCAGGGAAAAUAUGCUGAUGUUGUCAUCAUUGGUGGAGGUAGUCUCGGAUGUUAUACACUUUAUCAUUUGGCCAAACGUGGAGUAAAAACGCUUUUACUUGAACGUUCAAAAGUGACAUCGGGAACAACAUGGCAUACAAAUGGCCUUAUGUGGCGAAUUCGACCUAAUGACGUAGAUAUUCAGUUAUUAAACCGAACGCGAGAUACUGUUUUAGAUAUAAAAAACAAUACGGAUUUCGAUCCUGGUUGGAUUGAAAAUGGAGGACUGUUUAUUGCUCGCAAUAAACUCCGAUUAGAUGAAUAUCGACGUCUUGCAACAAUUGCUAAGGUCUAUGGCAUAGAACAUGCAAUAUUAACACCUGAUGAAACAAUGAAACUGUGUCCUGUUUUAAACCAUGACGCAUUCGUGGGUGCACUUUAUUCACCUGGUGAUGGAAUAAUCGACCCAACGAUGUUAUGCAACGCUCUUACAAAGCUUGCAAUUAAAACAACAAAUGCACAAGUUAUCGAAGAUUGUCCAGUCACCAAAAUAUUGACUGAAAAAGAUGGCAAAGGUUUAAAUAAAGUUAUCGGCCUACGAACCGAACAUGGUGACAUAAAAACGACAUGCAUUGUGAAUGCGACCGGUGUGUGGGGAAGAGAUUUAAUCGAACCGUUAGGCAUUCAUUUGCCAUUAGUUCCAAUGAAGCAUUCGUAUGUGGUUUCCGAACCGAUUGAGGGGAUUCGCGGUCUGCCAAAUUUAAGAGAUCAUGAUGUUUCAAUUGUAUUUCGAAUACAAGGAUCUUCGAUGUACUUAGGAGGUUAUGAAAAAAAUCCAAUAAUAUUAGAUAAAGUAGAAAGUGAUUUCAGUUUUAGUUUGUUUGAUUUGGAUUGGUCGACUUUUGAUGAUCAUAUUGAGGGAGCUGUGACGUUGUGUCCAGCUUUUGGUGAUGUUGGUAUCAAGUGCACAGUAUGUGGACCGGAAUCAUUUACUCCUGAUCAUAAACCGAUUAUGGGACCUGAUCCUCGUUUGAUUGGACUUUUUCAUAAUUGUGGAUUCAAUUCGGCCGGUAUGAUGUUUGGUGGAGGUUGCGCUGAACAAUUAGCCGAAUGGAUUGUUCACGGAAGGCCCGAAUUUUUUAUGUACAAGUUUGAUAUUAGACGAUUUACUCCACAGCAAAUGGCUGAUAAAGAAUAUUCUGUGCAACGAUGUCACGAAGCGUAUGCUGAAAAUUAUUCAAUAGUUUUUGCGCAUAUUCAACCGUUAGCUGGUAGAAACUUCAAAACAGAUCCAUUGCAUGAACAAUUGAUUGUGAACGGUGCUGUUAUGGAAGAAAAACAAUCAUAUGAGCGUCCUGCAUUCUUCUACAAAGAAAAAGCACCCGUCAAUAUUCCACCUUACGAUUGGUAUGGCGCUUACGAUAAUUCACCAAAUACCGAUAAAACUUACCAGCGCAUUCUGAAAGGAGAUCAAACGUAUGAGUUUUCAGGUCAUCAUGAUAGGAUUGGCGCCGAAGUCAUGAGUUGUCGCACAAAUGCAGCUAUCUUCAAUAUGAGUAGCUGUUGUAAGAUCUUGAUUGAUGGGCCUGAUUCAAAGGAGGCAUUACAGUGGAUUUGCACAAAUGACAUCGAUAAAUUGCCCAAUUCGAUCGUCUAUACAUGCGCACUUAAUGGUCGCGGUGGAGUUGAGGCGGAUUUUAACGUAACAAUUUUGGAGUCUGGCGACGGAAGUAUAAUCAGUCCAAAGUUUAAUAGUAAUGGAUAUUUAAUAACGGGCGAUGGAGCAUUCACUCAUCAGAUCCUAGCACAUAUAAAUGAAACCAUAGCCGAACGUCGAUUUAAUGUCAGCGUAAAAGAUGUCACUGACCAAAUGGGGGUUAUUUCUAUUCAAGGACCAAAUAGUUGUGCAAUUAUUGAAAAAUUAACAGGACUAAAGUUGAUUCAUGAGUUUUUGCCAUUGCAUAAAAGUAUGAUAAUCAAAUUGUGCGAUGAUAAUCAAACAGAUUCUUUUGCCAUUCGACUGUCGAGAGUCGGCUAUGUGGGUGAACUGGGCUAUGAGAUUCACGUUGAGAAUGCCUUUUGUGUUACGGUAUACAACAAAAUAAUGAACAUUGGUUUG